AUGUCGCGAUCUGUACUCUUCUUACUCUAUUGUUUCUUCUUCGCUUCAAGCUUCUUCUUGAUGAUCAAUGCUCUUACUUGUCGUCAAGACCAGAUCCAAGCCUUGAUGCAAUUCAAGAACGAGUUUGAAUCCGACGGUUGCAACAGCAGUGACUAUUUAAACGGAGUCCAGUGUGAUAACGCGACUGGUGCGGUCACGAAGCUUCAGCUCCCAAGUGGUUGCUUCACUGGAACUCUCAAACCCAACAGUAGUCUCUUCGGUUUGCAUCAGCUUCGUUACCUUAAUCUCUCUCACAACAACUUCACUUCCUCUUCACUCCCUUCUGAAUUCAGCAAUCUCAGCAGAUUAGAGGUUUUGUCUCUUGCCUCUAAUGGCUUUACUGGUCAAGUUCCUUCCGAAUUUAGUAACCUAGUCCUUCUUACCCAUUUAAACAUUUCCCAUAAUGAGCUCACUGGUAGUUUCCCACUUGUUAAAAGCCUAUCAAAGCUCUCUUUUUUAGACUUUUCUUACAAUCAUUUCUCAGGACCCAUACCUUCUGAUUUACUACCCAGUUUGCCUUUCUUGUCUUAUCUUGAUCUCAAAAAGAAUCGGCUCACUGGUUCUAUUGAUGUUCCCAACGCUUCUUCUUCAUCUAGCCUAGUGCAUUUGUCCCUUGGGUAUAACCAAUUUGAAGGAAAAAUCCUAGAGCCUAUCUCAAAGCUCACCAACCUUAAAUAUCUUGAACUUUCCUCCUUAAACGUAAGUUACCCAAUAGACUUACGCGUCUUCUCUCCUCUCAAAUCUUUGUUGGUCCUUGAUCUUCGUGAAAAUAGGUUAUUACCAGCCAGUUUAAGUUCAGAGUCAGACAUUCCAUUGAGCUUAAAAAGCCUGUUUUUGGUGCGAUGCGACAUUAUCGAGUUUCCAAACAUCUUAAAGAUCCUUCAAAAUAUGGAGCUUAUAGACAUUUCCAACAAUCUAAUCAAAGGAAAAAUACCUGAGUGGUUAUGGAAGCUUCCUCGUCUUAGCUUAGUGAACCUUGUUAACAAUUCUUUUACCGGGUUUGAAGGUUCUUCAGAAGUUUUAGUUAACUCAUCACUGCGGAUAAUGGAUUUUGCCUAUAACUCCAUGACAGGAGAGUUUCCUGUUCCACCACUCAAUUCUGUCUACUUGUCUGCGUGGAACAAUAGUUUCACAGGGAACAUACCUCUCUCAGUUUGCAACCGAAGCUCUCUCAUCGUCCUUGAUCUAUCCUACAACAACUUCACCGGUCCAAUUCCUCAAUGUCUGAGUAACUUAAAAAUAGUAAAUCUCAGGAAGAACAGCUUGGAAGGAAGUAUACCUGACGAGUUCUUUAGCAAUGCUUCGAUACAGACACUUGACGAUUGA